AUGGAAAUGGGACGCUCUUCUGAUCCACUAAAUCCGCGCGCCAACGUUUUCAUACUGGUCAAUCUGGGCUGUGAGGCGCUCUAUGUAAUUGACCAGCGUCUGAAGGCUCAACAAAUUGCGGCCGACAAGUCGCUUCAAGUCAUACACGAUGUGACGACGGUGCUAUUGGAGCCCAAGUUCAUUGAGUCACUCAUCAAUGGGUCCAUGCACAGCAAUGCCCAGCUACUGACCGCGGAUCACUGCAAGUUUAUGCUGAACGACAUUGCCACCUGUUCGCUGAUGCGUCUGGACGAGACGUCCAUGGAGAAGCUGUGGAAUCUGAUGACCAUGGUGUAUAAAUGGCAACUGUUUGUCUCGCGGCACCAGCAUCAUCUGCUGGACAUCACUUUCCGGCAUCUGGAUGCCAUUAGCCGACUAUAUCCGGAUGCGAAGCGACAUAUGCUCAUCGAUUACACCAAGAAUACGUUACUGGACUUCUGGAAUGCCUGCGGCGAGGAGCACCAGCAGUCCAUUUACCGCACCAACAAGGCGUGGCUGGAGUGCUUUAAUACUAAGAUCUCUUUGCUCAUCCGCCUGGGCUUUCAGGCCAUGGACGGCAGUUUCCUGACUCCUAUGGAUCAGAGCCACUACGAGGACUAUGCCCAAUGCAUUGGCGACAACAUCUACAUGAAGAACAAUGAAUUGACGCAGCAGCAGCAGCAACGCGAGCCGAAUCGCAUAGAUCAACUGGCAGCACAGCUGAGUAUUAAUCAAAUGCAACCAGCCACUGGCGAGGAUUUGCAGCCCAUGGAUGCCGGCCAAGUCCAGAAACAGUUUGAACAAACAUUCUCUAACAUUUUGUUCACGGACAUGGAUAACAACGCGGCGGGGCCAAUAACAUCGCAAGUGCAGCGCAGUCCCAACGCCUCUGGCUGUGAAUUUGUGCAGCUGCUGACUGCAAGCACCAAGGCGGAUGACGUGGUGACCACUGCGAAUCGCAGUAGCGGAGUGCUCAAUCAGCAAUUGAUCGAUUUGUAUAGCAAAAUGCAUUGAAGUACCUGUGGGAAAAAGAGAGCGUGGCGAUUUGACGGAGCGCCAACUAGUGUGCAAAAAGAGCGAGCGCAUAUGA